UCUGCAACAGUUUUUUUAAUUUCCAUUCCAUUAUUUUAUGACUUGUACAUUUGUGUAAAUAGAUUAUUUCUAUUUUUAUAACGAGACAACAACAGGAUGGAACUUAAUUCUCUUUUAAUUCUGCUGGAGGCUGCAGAGUACUUGGAAAGAAGAGACAGAGAGGCAGAACACGGUUAUGCAUCUGUUUUACCGUACAGUAGCGACUUCUCCAGAAAGAAAACGAAAGCAUCGCCCAUUUCCAGAAAGACUCAGAACAAUAGAUCGUCGCACAACGAGCUGGAGAAACACAGUCACUUCCCAACCUCUCAGAUUUAUCCUGCGAUUCCUUUAAGACGUGCCAAACUACGGCUGUACUUGGAGCAGUUGAAGAAGCUGGUGCCUUUGGGUCCAGACAGCACGAGACACACCACACUGAGCUUGCUGAAAAGGGCCAAGAUGCACAUCAAGAAGCUGGAGGAGCAGGACAGGAAGGCUUUGAAUGUGAAGGAGCAGCUGCAGAGAGAGCACCGCUACCUCAAACGCCGCCUGGAGCAGCUCUCUGUGUCGGGAUCUGUUGAGCGCAUCCGCACUGACAGCAUGGGCUCCACCAUCUCCACCGACUCUGAGCAAGAGGUGGACAUCGAGGGCAUGGAGUUCACCCCCGGCGAGGCGGACAGCGUCGACAGCAUCAGCGACGGCGAGGAGGAGGACCACUACAGCCUCCAGAGCAGCUCCAGCGACACCAGCUACACAGCCACACAUUCCCACAGACUGCAGCCGCACCACUGUUAAGACGCCGCGCGACCAUCCGUCUCCCCACCAGCUUCCUCACCCGUGCUUUCCCUCCCCCUUCACCCUACCUUCCCUGACCAUUUACUAUCGCCAACGCCGCCCACUACCUACAUCAGACCAGUCCACAACGGCGGUACACCCUGAACCAGUUCCUCCUUUCCUGGCCCUGGCUCUCCAGGAAGCACAUGGGGCUGAA